UAAGUCUCGGUCUAUCCCAAUUCUCGCGGGAAUAGGCUUCCCAUUGCCGCCAUAUUGAAAACUAGAAAUUUCCAUCCAGCGAACAAUUAGUGCAAAUUGUUGAUUUUAACAUUGUUUGACUAAAUAACUGAUACAGACCAAUAUGAGCUGCGAAGAAGAUGUCAUCAAGAUUCGUAAAAAGCUUGAAAAACUGAUUGAAGACAAUGCUUCGGAGCACGGUUCUGCUUAUGAUCUCCUGAAAACUCUCAAGAAACUUCCAAUGACUCUAGAGGUCCUACAGAAAACAAGAGUUGGUAUGACAGUUAACAACUUCAGGAAGACAUGCUCUGAUGAAAAUGUAAUCUCAUUGGCUAAAUCUCUCAUCAAGAAUUGGAAGAAGCUCUUACCAGAGCAAAAUAAAAAUAAAGAAAAGGAUAAAGAAACUAAGGAAAAGGAAUCCACAUCUGAUACUAAUGAAGACUCUAGGGAUGGGGACCAGAAUCAACAGGACGUUGAAGAGGAAACUCCCACAACUACAUCCUUACCACGGGCUAAUGACACAGGGGAUGAAAUACGGCUGAAGUGCCGAGAAAUGUUGACCAAUGCAUUGAAAGGAGCAGAAGGAGAUGGUGCUGUAGAGAACCCAGUUGGCACUCCUGAAGACAUUGCAGCAGCUAUUGAAGACACAAUUUAUACAGAACUGAUGAACACUGGGAUGAAAUACAAAAGUAGGGUUAGAAGUAGGGUAUCUAAUUUAAGAGACAAGAAAAAUCCAGAGUUGCGGAAACAUGUAUUAAGUGGGCGUAUUGCUGCAGAAAAAUUAGCUGUAAUGACUUCAGAGGAAAUGGCAAAUGAAGAGAUGCAAAAAUUGCGGGCCAAGUAUACAAAGGAAUCUAUAGAUGAUCAUCAAAUGUCUGUCUCAGGCGGAACCACAACUGACUUACUGAAAUGUGGAAAGUGUGGCAAAAGAAACUGCACAUAUAACCAGGUCCAGACAAGAAGUGCUGAUGAACCUAUGACAACUUUUGUGCUGUGUAAUAAUUGUGGCAAUCGCUGGAAGUUUUGCUGACAGGUAUACAGUACAUACAUCUUUAAUUUGGACAAUACAAGUAGAUGCAUCUGAAAAUGGAUAUUCCUACAUCAGCAAAUGUGAGUCGCUAAAUUUGCUUGACUUGCCAAAUAAUGUGGUACAUGUAAUUGUUAUACAUACAUGUAUGUAAGAGACGCAACAUUCUUGGAAUAUAAACAAAAACAGAUACUAAGACAGUAGGAAAAGUCUUGGAAUGAGACCAGAUAUGAAUGAAUUCAACAUACGACAGUGAAUAUAACAGAAUCUGAAAAAUAUUAAAAAUAUUGAGUAUGCUAGAUAGUAAAAGAUGUCACUAGUGCUAGUAGUGCAUAAUUAAAUAAAUGUGAGGAUUUUUAUAAAUAGGUUUCUUUGUCAGAUAAUUUAUAGAAAUGGAAACUAUGCAUGUCCACCUCAACAAAAAUGUAAUAUCACAUACUGGAAGAUGUUUUAAUGUCACACUGUUGAGCUUUUGUCAUCACCAAUUGUCCAUCCAUCUGUAUGUUUGUCAACAUAUUGGUAGCACAUUUAUAAUCAUCCAUGAAAAUGAUUCAUCUUCAAAGUUGUUAUAUGAACGAAGAGCAUGACACCCACCUACUAUCAAUCGAAUGUGUAUGUAUUGUUCACAAACAAACUACAUAAUAUGACAAUA